UGCGGGGCAUGCGCAGUAGCGGCGGAUGGGGUUCGGGCUUCGCGCGGCCCGGCUGCUGCUCCGAUCCCGCCCUAUGCCGGGCCCCGGCCCCAAGCGGCCCCGCAGCGCCAUGGCCCCGCGCAUCGGCACCCACAACGGCACCUUCCACUGCGACGAGGCGCUGGCCUGCUACCUGCUGCGGCUGCUGCCCCAGUACCGGGAUGCAGAGAUCAUCCGGACACGGGAGCCCCAGCUGCUGUCCGAGUGCAACGUGGUGGUGGAUGUGGGUGGCGAGUACGACCCUCAGAAACACCGGUACGAUCAUCACCAGAGGUCCUUUGCACAGUCCAUGCACUGCCUGAGGCCCGACAAGCCCUGGAAAACCAAGCUGAGCAGUGCGGGGCUGGUGUAUUUCCAUUUUGGCUCCCAGAUCCUGGCCAGCCUGCUGGGGCUGAAGGAGGAGGAUCCGGUAGUGCAGGCGCUGUACGAUAAGCUGUACGAGAACUUUGUGGAGGAGAUCGACGCCAUCGACAACGGCAUCGCCCAGUGGGACGGGGAGCCUCGCUACGCCAUGACCACCAACCUCAGCGCCAGGGUGGGCUACCUCAACCCCCGCUGGAAUGACAAGGACCAGGACACGGAGGCCGGGUUCAAGAAGGCGAUGGAGCUGGUGGGCCGGGAGUUCCUGGACCGUCUCGAUUACUACCACCGCGCAUGGCUGCCGGCUCGCACGCUGGUGGAGGAAGCCAUUCAGAAGCGCUUCAAGGUGGACCUCAGUGGCGAGAUCCUUGUGUUCUCCCAGGGCGGCUGCCCCUGGAAGGAGCAUCUCUUCAGCCUGGAGUCGGAGCUGGGGGUGGAGAAACCCAUCAAGUUCGUCUUGUACGCAGAUCAGAACGGCCAGUGGCGAGUACAGUGCGUCCCCGCCGGGCUCCACACCUUCCAGAACCGGCUGUCCCUGCCGGAGGAGUGGCGCGGAGUCCGGGAUGAGGCGCUCUCCCAGCUCAGCGGCAUCCCGGGCUCCGUUUUCGUGCACGCCAGCGGCUUCAUCGGCGGCAACCGGACCCAGGAAGGGGCGCUGCGAAUGGCUCAGAGCGCGCUGGCUCGGCAGACUGGCCCUGACGCACCGAGCAGCUGAAUGCCCCUAGACCAUCCCGACAGAGCCAGCCUCCGGGGUGGUGUGGCUGCCGUAGGGAGAGAUGAAGGGAGAAAGAUCUUGGGGCAUCCGUUCCCCAUUCUUAUACCUUUUCCUCCUCUGAGAAUCAUCUCCAGUUGGGGUACAGGAGACAAAAUCUGUGAGGAUGGGAACCUCCAGCUGUUUCUUUGCCAACAUGUAAAUUUCUCACACCCUUUUUUCUGCCAAAGAAUGGCCCUUGUCCAGAUGAUGGUCUGUUUGAUUUUGCUGACACCUGGGUGAGGGGUCAGUUUGCCUUUUGUCUCUGAGGAACUGAUGUGUGGCUGCUUCCCCAGAUUUGGAACAUGUCCCAGUAAUAUCAUACAAUAGAAUCUUAUAAUUUUACAUGUAAUGUUGCCACACCUUUUACCAGGACAAUAAUGAUCAGCAAAUUAUGAGUUUUCAGAUGAUACCUUGCAAGGCAUAGUUUGUUCAAAAUUUAUCAUAGUCUUAUCGUAGUACAGACUGUCACACACCCUGCAAUUCUAACCAGGCAAUGGAUUCUGCCUCUGAUCUCUUUGGCAUAUCAUCCCAAUAGUCUUCCUCAUGUCUUGGCAGUGAUACCAGACACCUCUGUCUUCCUGGGGAACCAGGGUGCAGUAUCCAGCCGGACUCAUGAAAGACACCCCCCCCCCCCCCGAGCCUCUGCUUGAACCAAAAC